AUGGCUCGCCUGGCCCUAUUGGCCGUCUUGGUAUUAGCUCGUGCUGCCUGGGCCCAUUAUACGUCAACAUGGGCCGUGCACGUGCCUGGAGGCAGGGAGGCUGCGGACGCCGUCGCUGCCGAUCACGGCUUCAUCAAUUUUGGAGAGGUAUGUACCUUUUUUGUUAAAUUUUCAAAACAGCUUAAGAAAAACCUUAUAAAUCAUGAAAAUAUAUGUUAUUAA